AUGUCGAAAGAAAAAACAGCCUCCAGGGAUUUGGUACUAGGAAUAAUCUUCCUAUCGCAGACUAUGAUUGGAAUUCUGGGCAAUUUUUCUGUUCUUUACCACUGCCUAUUUCUUUACCACACUCAAUGCAGGAUAAGAGCCACACAUGUGAUUCUAAAACACCUGACUAUAGCCAACUCCUUGGUCAUUCUCUCGAAAGGAGUCCCUCAGACAAUUACAGCUUUUGGGUUGAAACAUUUUUUCGGUGACUUGGCGUGCAAACUUCUUCUGUAUGUUCAGAGAGUGGGCAGGGGUGUGUCCCUGGGCAGCACCUGCCUCUUGAUUAUCUUCCAGACCAUCAUGAUCAGCCCCAUGGGCUCCUGUUGGAAGGGUCUUAAAGUCAAAGCCCCAAAGUACGUUGGCUUCUCCAUUUCCCUCUGCUGGGUUCAGUGCAUGUUUUUAAGUUCAGUUUUUCCUGCAUAUGUGUUGUAUGUCUCUGUCAAAUGGGGCGGCAGAAACAUCACAAAGAGAAGAGAUCUGGGGUACUGUGUCACCACAGAUCAUGAGAAAAUCACAGGCUCAGUAUAUGCGGCACUGAUAGUGUUCCCUGAGGUUUCGUUUUCUGUGCUGAUCAUCUGGGCCAGUGGCUCCAUGGUUUUCACCCUGUACAGACACAGGCAGCAGGUCCGAUAUAUUCACAGGGCUCGUGUGUCUCCCAGAUCCUCCGCUGAGACCAGAGCCACCCGAAGCAUCCUUGUCCUGGUGAGCACCUUCAUAUGUUUUCACACCCUUUCCUCCACCUUUCACGUUGCUAUUGCUCUUCUUCAUAAUCAGAAUUGGUUGCUGGUAAAUACUGCUGCCCUAAUUUCUCUGUGUUUUUCAACAGUCAGCCCCUUUCUGCUCAUGAACCAUGACCCCACUGUAUCCAGGCUCUGCUUUCUGUUCAUGAGGAACUCGGUUUCCCCUAAUCGUAUCAGAAAAAUGUAA